AUUAAAAAUCAAAUUACUUGAUGUCUUGAUGAGGUUCAAUAAAAAUCAAAUUACUUUUCAUCUAAUUUUUAAUAUGACAAUUACAGCCACAGCGAUCUUACGUACAUUCUGCAAUAAUUCCAACUAGAUAAGCUCUUCAGGAUCCGACCGGAUCAACUCUACUUCACCCGAUCGGCCUUAUAAUCCUCUUGUCCGUUAGUAUUUUAAUAAGCCACUUAACCUUUUAUGUAGCAUGUAAUUAAAAACACUAAUUGAGUAUUAAUCAAGCAAUUGAUGACUAAUCGCUUCUUCCCCUAUAAAUAGAUCCGAUCCUUCCACUACUUCUUCAGUCUGACUUUCCCUCUCUCCAACAAAAACAACAAACGCAGCCGUUUCAUAGCAAAGAUGUUUUCUUCUUCUCCAACUUCUUUCGCUCAUACACUCCUCUCUUCUCCGCCUCUCUCCCCCGUAUCUCCGCCAUCUCGCACAACUAAGAUCUCGCCUCUUCUCGCCUCCGCCUCGUGCUCCUACACCUGCGCGGAGGACUCUCCCAGACUGCAUCAGCUCCAGCGGCGUUUGACGACGGCCACCGCUUCGCUCUACGAGAUUCUUGAGGUUCCUCACGGCGCGAGCCCCCAGGACAUCAAAUCGGCUUACCGGCGACUGGCCAGGAUCUGCCAUCCCGACGUGGCGGGAACCGAUCGGACGAGCUCUUCUUCUUCGGGGGAUGAGUUCAUGAAGAUCCACGCGGCGUACUGUACGCUUUCUGAUCCUGAGAAACGCUCUCUUUACGAUCGGAGGAUGCUUCGGAGGAGCCGACCUUUGACCGUCAGUACCUCCGGGAUGGGAAGUUACGUUGGUCGGAACUGGGAAACUGAUCAGUGCUGGUAGCGAGUUGACUCGGUGACCGUGCUAUAAACAUUAAAUAGGCAGCGAUAAUAAUGGGCUUAACGUUGUAACUUGUAAUUAAUAUUAGUAUUUAGUAAUUAGCUCACGGACGUGGUUUAGUGUGCUAUAAUGUUGGUUCCGUGUUACGUAGGAUCUGCGUGUUUUUUUACCUACUGAAUCCUAUAUUAGUCAAUGAAAUAUAUAUACUCAGUUUAA